AUGACAUCAAAAGUCAGUCGUAUCGCUAUGAGCAAAUUAUCAGCUAAAAGAGCUGACCCUCCAAAAAGCUUCCUCGCCAGCCUAACACCUGUAGCCCCAACAAACGGAGCUUCAACCGCAGCAGCCAUCAACUUAUCUUCAACAAGCAACAACAAAAAUCAUUCCGCUCCUGCUGCUGCUGAGGGAGGUACAAGAAGUGGUGCCAACUCAGAAGAAGAUCAAUGCCAAGAAGGUGGUGCUGCUGCUCAAGUUGGAGCUGACUCGGGGCCCAACGGACCUCCUCCGAAGACCCUAACUAUCCCCACCACCACCAACCGGCUGAUAAGCUUUUACACGCGCCCCAAUGGCGGCACCGACUCGGAGGACCGCACUCUAUCUGAGAUCCUUCGCUUCCCUGACCGCGAUCUAGAGUACCACCACGACUACAUCCAAUGGCUCUUUCCGCUACCCGAAGCCUCCCCCUUCAACAUAAGCGCCCCACGCAUCGACAGACACACUGCAGAGGCCUUCCGAACACGCCUCGAGCUCCGUGAGCGAAUGCGGGAGAGUCUAGUGCGCAUGUUGGAAUUUUAUGGGUUUGAGGCGAUCACCACCGCCGCCUGCGGGUUCGAGAUCAGGGAAGCGUCAGGAAUCGACUUUCGGCGUAAAGCGAGGUUCUGGUUGUGCCGCUUCAACCAUAAUCAUCUCAGAAUUACGAGGAUCAUCAGGUGUCUCAGGGUGCUUGGGCUGGAGCAUGAAGCGCGGGAGUUUCAUAAGGCGCUGGUUAGGGCUGCGACACCGGAGCCGGGGGGUAGAACUUUGGUGGGGCAGAAUACUCUGAAGUUCUGGAAGAGAGCUGCGAUGAGGCCAUUGGAGGUGGAACCUGCUGAUGAGGAAUUUGAUGAUGAGGAGUAUGAGAGAAAUGGCGGCGGUGGUGGCGAGGAAGCUAAUAAUAAUGGUGUAGAAGACGUGGAGGAUAAUUCUGGGCCCAGAAAUAAGUGA